AACGCGUCAAACCGCGAAUCGUGGAUACGUUCAUUCACUCAGUUUCUUGUCAAUCGCUCAACUCUUACACUAAUACAUCCUGCCUACUCCUGCACUGAAACAUCCUGCCAACUCUUGCACUGAAACAUCCUGCUUUGUGCACUCCACGCAGCCAUUGCUUGAUUAUCGCGGUCCUAAAAUGUCGCCGGUUCGUCCCUCGCCGGGUCCCUCGCCGGCCAAAAAGCCGCGCUCGUUCACCCAGACCACGCUCACCAGCGCCUUCCUCCGGCGGGAAUCGCCCGGCACCAGCAAAUCCGGCUCAACCUCCGCCCUGCACCGCACCAUUGACGGACGGAUCGCCAAAAAGCCGACCCCCACCACGCCCAAGCCCAAGGCCGAUUCCGAGGCGGGCUCCGACAACGACCGUGUGCUCUCUGACGUGCUGCUGUCCAUCAAGCCCGUCCACCUCGCCAACAUCGCGAGCCGGCAGAAGAACCACGAGUACCGCAAGUACCGGCUGCGCGACGGCGUCACGCGCCUGUGGUUCUACGAGACGAGCGAGGGCGGCAGCGGCCGUGCCAGCAUCACGUACGUACCUAUUUACCCAGCUGCCUGCUCCACCCUGUCCCACCUGCAGCAAUUCGCUCCGUCCCCUCGCACUACUUACUGAUCUCUGAGCUGA